GUAAGAGUAUCUAACAGAAGAAAACACGAUAUAAGGAUGAAGAUAAGUGCACUUUUGCUACUCGUGGCUUUAGCACUAUGUGGGACACUGGUGAGAAGUCAGGCUGACAAUAAAUAUGUAGUGUGUGGUGGACCAAACGAGAUAUAUAAUAGCUGUGGUAGUUCUUGUGAGAAGACAUGUGACAAUCGGUUUAACAUAGACAUGGUAUGCACUGCAGAAUGUAAACCUGGGUGCUUCUGUACGGAAGGCUACUUAAGGAACAGCGAAGGAAUCUGUGUCCCUGAACAUGAAUGUGGAGCAGGAAAAUGUAAUGGUCCAGACGAGGUGUAUUUUGAAUGUGGUAGUGGUUGUGAAGUGACAUGUGCAAACAGGAAUAACCCACCCAAGAUAUGUCCUGCAGUAUGUAGAAAUUGCUUUUGCAAGUCUGGCUACUUAAGGAACAGCUCAGGCCGCUGUGUCCCCAUAAGUCAAUGUGAAGGAGAAAUAGCGUGUGGUGGACCAAACGAGAUAUAUAAUAGCUGUGGUAGUUCUUGUGAGAAGACAUGUGACAAUCGGUUUAACAUAGACAUGGUAUGCACUGCAGAAUGUAAACCUGGGUGCUUCUGUACGGAAGGCUACUUAAGGAACAGCGAAGGAAUCUGUGUCCCUGAACAUGAAUGUGGAACAGGAAAAUGUAAUGGUCCAGACGAGGUGUAUUUUGAAUGUGCUAGUGGUUGUGAAGUGACAUGUUCAAACAGGAAUAACCCACCCAAGAUAUGUCCUGCAGUAUGUAGAAAUUGCUUAUGCAAGUCUGGCUACUUAAGGAACAGCUCAGGCCGCUGUGUCCCCAUAAGUCAAUGUGAAGGAGAAAGUAAAUGCAAUGGGGCAAAUGAAGUGUUUAAGAGCUGUGGUAGCUAUUGCGAGGUGACAUGUGCCAAUCAGCGUAACCCACCCAUAUUCUGCAAGAAGGGAUGUAAGCGAGGGUGCUUCUGCGCUCCUGGUUACUUUAAGAAUCGUGCAGGUAUCUGUGUCCCCAGAAAUCAGUGUGAUAAACAAUAACGCUGUGUGCCCAAAGGGAACAAUGAGUGACUGCACUUCUUUAAACAUAACUGUACUUACUUUUAAUAAAAUCUCAAAUUUAUCUGUG